UCAAGUGAAUGCAAAUUUCCGAAUAGUUUUACGUUUACUAAUAAACCCCAAAUGUAAAUUGAGCAGUCGGUGUACACAGUUGAAGUUUGCUGGUUCAAAUUACUAUAGUUUUGCGCAUUUCAAAUAAUGACAUGCAUUUAGUAUAUCUUUAAUGUAUCGAAAGGCAUCGUUGUGUAACUUCUCGAUACACUUGUUAGUUCUUAAUAACUUCUGAACGGUCCCGAAGUCUAAAUUCACUUCUCGCAACUCGCAAGUCGUAACAUUGCACUCCGUCGGUGACUACCAUAGUAAACAUGUCUCUAGCUCGAGCUCCCAAUUUGCUGGCCAGAAAUGUCCCAGCUGUAACUUAUACAUAUUGGUCUAGAAUGUGUCAUAAGAAUGCAAAUUUAGAUGAAGAAUGGGUAAGCCUUGCAAAGAAGCAGCUCAAAGGUGCUGAUCCAGCUCAACGUUUAUUAUGGGAUACACCAGAGGGUAUAACUAUCAAGCCUCUGUAUACAUUUGAUGAUGUUAAAGACACUACUAAAGAGAUACCUGGAAAGUAUCCUUUUACUCGAGGUCCCUAUCCCACAAUGUAUGCAAAUCGUCCAUGGACCAUCAGGCAGUAUGCUGGAUUUAGUACUGUUGAAGAAAGUAACAAGUUUUACCUGCAGAACAUCAAAGCUGGUCAACAGGGUCUUUCUGUGGCUUUUGAUUUAGCUACACACAGAGGAUAUGAUUCUGAUAAUCCAAGGGUCCAUGGUGAUGUUGGUAUGGCAGGUGUUGCCAUAGAUUCUGUGGAGGAUAUGAAGAUGCUUUUUAAUGACAUCCCUUUGGAUAAGAUGUCUGUUUCCAUGACCAUGAACGGUGCUGUCAUCCCCACCAUGGCCAUGUUUAUUGUAGCUGCAGAAGAAUCGGGUGUAAAACAGGAAAAACUCUCAGGAACAAUACAGAAUGAUAUCUUGAAAGAAUUUAUGGUGCGCAACACAUACAUAUACCCUCCAGAACCAUCUAUGAGAAUUAUUGGUGAUAUUUUUGGAUAUACAGCCAAGCACAUGCCAAAAUUUAAUAGCAUCAGCAUUAGUGGGUAUCAUAUGCAAGAAGCUGGUGCUAAUGCUGUGCUGGAAAUGGCUUUCACACUAGCUGAUGGUUUAGAGUAUUGCCGAACUGGGCUGAAAGCAGGUUUAAAAAUUGACCAAUUUGCUCCUCGACUCUCAUUCUUUUGGGGUGUUGGAAUGAAUUUCUAUAUGGAAAUUGCAAAAAUGAGAGCUGCACGAAGACUUUGGGCUCAUCUAAUUGAAAAAAACUUUUCUCCACAAAAUAAAAAAUCAACCAUGUUAAGGACUCAUAGUCAGACAUCUGGCUGGUCAUUAACUGAGCAGGAUCCUUAUAACAAUAUAAUUCGAACAACAAUUGAAGCAAUGGCUGCAGUUUUUGGUGGGACACAAUCGUUGCAUACAAACGCAUUUGAUGAAGCAUUAGGACUGCCUACAGUCUUUUCAGCACGUGUUGCACGAAACACCCAGAUCAUUUUACAGGAAGAAACUGGUAUUCCAAAGGUAAUUGAUCCUUGGGCUGGAUCAUAUGCAAUGGAGUCACUUACAGAAGAAGUUUAUAAAGCUGGAAAAGCCAUUAUAGAUGAAGUAGAAGCCAUGGGAGGUAUGGCAAAGGCUGUUGCAUCAGGUUGGGCAAAACUGAAAAUUGAAGAAUGUGCUGCAAAACGACAGGCAAUGAUUGAUAGUGGUAAAGAGGUUAUUGUAGGAGUGAAUAAAUAUCGACUGGAGAAAGAAGAAACUGUUGAUGUUCUCAUGAUUGAUAAUCAUGAAGUUCGUUCUAAACAGAUCAAUAAACUUGAAAAGAUAAAAGCUACUCGCGAUGAAUCUAAAACUCAGGCAGCUUUAUCUGCUUUAGAAGAAGCUGCUAAGGGUGAUGGCAAUCUAUUGGCCUUUGCCAUUGAUGCUGCUCGUGCACGGGCUUCACUAGGAGAAAUCUCCAUGUCAAUGGAAAGGGUUUUUGGCCGCCACGUUGCCACAGACAGAUUGGUUUCUGGUGCAUAUAAAAAUGAGUAUGGUGAUAAAGAUGACCUUGUAGCUGUUACAGAGAAGAUUGAAGAAUUUAUUGAUGAGGAGGGACGUCGCCCAAGGAUUCUGGUUGCCAAGAUGGGGCAAGAUGGCCAUGACAGAGGAGCCAAAGUUAUUGCAACAGGAUUUGCUGACCUGGGCUUCGAUGUUGAUGUUGGUCCACUUUUCCAGACUCCUGCAGAAGUGGCUCAGCAAGCUGUAGAUGCAGAUGUCCAUGUUGUAGGAGCUUCUUCACUAGCUGCAGGACAUCGUACAUUAGUUCCUGAGCUCAUUAAAGCCUUGAGUGACCUUGGACGUCCUGACAUUUUGGUCAUUGCUGGAGGAGUUAUUCCACCUCAGGAUUAUGAAUUUUUAAAAGAAUGUGGGACAGCAGCUAUAUUUGGACCAGGUACUCAAAUCCCUGUUGCUGCACUAGAUGUUCUUAACUUGAUUACAGUCUCCUUAAAAAAGCGAGCUGCAGUAAACUGAAGCUACUUGGUGUAUUACGAGCCCUUUAUGGAAGUCAUAAAUGAGAAAAGUAAAUAGCUGCUGUUAAGAUGAUGUAUUUUUUGUUUACAAGAAUGUAAUGUUACUGUAUGGUAAAUAAAGAGAACCCCAUCUUUUCUUAGCAUUGUGAGUACUACAUAAUCUUGCAGCAUAUUUAGAGAAUGGUAUAAUAUAAGAACCUUUUACGCUAAAUUUGCAAUAUAUACAGGGUGUUUUCUAAUGUGCCAUAUGGUUAUUUUUGUAAUGUCAAAACUAUUCAUGAUUAUUAAUAUUCUGGAUUGAUUUACAUUGAAUUGCUAUCUAGAGGAUUAUUUUCCAAACAAGAAAAUAUGUAGAGUACGAACAUAGUGUAAUACUCUGACGGUAUUUUAUUUAGUGUGAACCUGUUACUUGCACAGUAUUAGACUUAAGGUUUUUUUUUUUUUUAAGAAUUGGUGAAGUUUCCCUUUAAUUAAGAUAGAGUAGUCUACAGAUCCCUACUCUGAUAGUUCUUAGAAAAGCAUUAUGCAGUACAUGAACAUUGAGAUUGUUAAGGUGACAACGGCCAAAUACUUGGGGAAUCAUUUGCAUGCUGUGGAAAGCAUGUGUAUUUCUAUUUUAUAUUUUGCUUCCCUGUUUACAAAUGUGACCUCUUGUAAUGGGAGAGAAAUAAGACCUACAAGUAGAUUCUAAAGAUUUUAUUAGUAUUAGCAAUUUGCUCUACACACUUUAUACCUAUUAUUCAGGUUUAGUUGUACCAUAUAGCUGUGAUAGCAGUUUAGUUUUAGAUUUAAGUAU